UGAUCCUCAGAACUGAUGAAAACCGGGACCCCAAGCUGAGAUGUGUCACACUCUGAGUCGUUGUCCCUAAGUGUGCCCAGCUGGGUCCGUCUGCACCCCCCUCCAAACACACCUCCAUUUUUCCCAGGAGCUAUUGGUGAUUGGUGCAGUGGUCCCGCCGCUGGCUGCCGCUGCACAUGCUCCUAGGGCCGGGUCUUCGGCUGACCUCUGACCCUCUCCAGCACCACACAGCGGGGUGGGCACCUUGUGUAGACCGGUUUGUGGCAACAUUGGUAUCUGAGCCCAGCCUUGCUGUCCCCAGCGCUGCCACGACCUUGGAUUUCCCCUUCUCUCCCCUUACUGCCUGGCCAGCACAGUAAGGAGCAUCCGUUUCUUGGCCAGUCACGGAGGCAGCGGGCUCCUCGACACCCCUCCCAUGCCCUUUCCUGCUGAGGCUUCCGCCCCUCCCACCGCCUAAACCUUCAUUAGCCUGGAUCAGUUCUGUCCAGAGCCCCUACUGCCCCCAGCCCACGGUUCCCUUUGUCUCCAACUCCCUGCCACCCCUUGCAGCUCCUCCGCUGUGCACGCGCCCCUGCAUCCCUACCCGGCUGCUGCCCGGCUCUUGCCCUAUGGCCCUUCUGGCCGCGUUGCUUCUGAGCUCAGCCCUGGGCGCCCUGCUCAGCUUCGCACUGCUGGCGGCUGCGGUGUCCAGCGACUACUGGUACAUCCUGGAGGUGGCGAACGCUGGCGGCUCCGGGGGGGAGCAGCAGCUGUCCUCACAUUCUGGGCUCUGGCGCACCUGCGAAGGACAGAACAGCUGUAUGCCCCUGGUUGACCCGUUUGCCAGUGACAGCUUGGACUCUUCCCCCUCCAUACAGCACCUUCUCUCGCUGCACCGCGCAGUCAUGGUGGUCCUGCCUCUGAGCCUCAUCCUCAUUGUGUGCGGCUGGGUCUGUGGCUUGCUAAGCUCGCUGUCCCAGAGUGUCCCUCUGCUGCUCCUCACCGGCUGCUACUUCCUGCUGGGGGGUGCCCUGACCCUGGCGGGGGUCAGCGUCUACAUCAGCUACUCACACCUGGCAUUUGUGGAGACCGCCCGCCUGUACGGUGCGCAGCACAUGCAGGAUGUGCACAUCAGCUUCGGCUGGUCGCUGGCCCUCGCCUGGGGCUCCUGCGCCUUGGAGGUGCUCAGCGGUGUGCUCCUGCUCGCAGCUGCCCGCCUCCUCAGCCUGAGCCAGCGCCCGGGGGUGCCCCACUCCGUGGUCAUCUGAGUCCCGAGGUGGCAGGGCGGUGGGGAGAAGGCGAGGCUCGGGCACCCUUAACGUUUGCCGGAACCCUAGCUGGGAAGGCGCCCUGGGGAUGGCGCGUUGGGGAAGCUGGGCAUGAGGAAGGCAGCUGGAGA